CAAAUACGAGUAAGUAGAAAAUAAGAAGCAUAAAAAGGAGUGGGCUUGGAAGUAGUUACUUCACGCCUGAACUACGCGCUGAGUUUUGAUACCAGAUUAGAUUAGGUUAGGUUCGGUUAGAUGGUAGAGUUGAUCCGCGAACCACUCAGAGAGAGAGGGAGAGAGAGCGAGCUCUCACAUGAGACAAGCCAUUUCAAACUUUAUUUCAAUCACCCUAUAUUUAAGCAGACGCAAAUUCGCAGCUCAUUAAGCCACUUAAGCUCUUUUAAAAUUAACACAAAUCCACGUGCUAAAUUAAAAAUUUUUUAGAAUUGAUAUGCAAGCAAGUUAGUUUUCUUAGAAAAUUGCAUUGCUUUUGAUUGUAAUCGCUGGCAAUCAAGUAUAUUUACAUACAUACAUAUAUAUAGAUCUCAUAACCCGCAAAGCAGCUUCCCGGUUUCAAGUAUGGAGCCGGUCUCGAGCGUAUGAGCAAAAACCAAUUAAUAAUUGUUUACACAAUAAAUUCAAAUGAAAAUAUAAGCAUGUUUUUCAAACGAAAAACGAAUGCAAUUUAAAUAUGCGAAAGUGUGGAGAGCUAACAGGCACUUAUAUAUGUACGCUCAGCGAUCUCUUUGUCUGAGCGGCAUAUGUGGUUUUCGUAUAAACUGGUUUGCGUUUAUUAUAAGCACAAGUAAUCAGCAACGCGCGCUACGGCCAAACAAAAUUAUCAGCGCAAAAGUCAGUUUCAUAUUGCCGAGCUCAACUUGAAACCGUUGCAGUUUGUUAGAAGACGUGCGCGAGACUGCAGCUCGAACAUACGUUCCGAAAAUUGUAUUCAGACGAAAAUUUGCUGUGAAAUAUAACCGCAAAAUGCAGCGCUGCUUGUUAAUAUACGCUGCGUGCUGUUUUAUUGCCACCGCCGUUUACGCAAUACCACACUAUGAGGUGGCGAAGGCAAAAAUAGAUGUCUUCCCCAAAGGUUUUGAGGUUUCCAUACCCGAUGAAGAGGGCAUCACACUUUUCGCUUUCCAUGGCAAGCUUAAUGAGGAGAUGAAUGGUUUGGAGGCCGGCACUUGGGCCAGAGAUAUUACAAAGGCGAAAAAUGGACGUUGGACUUUUCGUGAUGCGAACACAAAGUUGAAACUCGGCGAUACGCUCUACUACUGGACCUAUGUGAUCUACAAUGGUUUGGGCUAUCGUGAGGAUGAUGGCGUUUUUGUGGUGAAUGAGUAUGCAACACCCGUGAUUAAUACUGGCGACGAUACAAAGCACGGUGACGCUGUUUUAUUAGAUGUACGUAGUGGCAGCUGCCAAACGACACCGUCGCGCAAAAAUGGUGUAGAGUUGCGUUGUGCCAAUCAACUGUUAUUCGAUGAUGACUUUAACGGCUCGCGCUUGGACAAGAAUAGCUGGACCGUAGAGCGACGUUUCCCCACAAAACCCGACUAUGAAUAUAACUUAUACUUGAACGAUGCAACCGAUGUGUUGCAAGUGGGUAACGGCAUGGUUACCAUAAAACCAAAAUUGACAUCGCGUCAUUUUCAGCAGUACAAGAAACCGUUACAUGCGCAAUAUGAUCUCGGCGAAAGUUGUACAGGCCGUCAAGGUAGUGAGGAGUGUGUACGCGAUGGCACAGCAACACCGUAUAUAUCAAUACCGCCCUUCAUAACCGCACAGUUCUCGACAAAGGGUCACUUCUCCUUCAAAUAUGGACGCAUUGAGAUACGCGCUAAGUUGCCACGCGCCAACUGGGUUUUCCCGCAAUUGUGGCUGCAGCCGGUUAACACGGAAUAUGGUGCCGAUAGUUAUCAGUCGGGACAAAUGCGCAUCGCUUUUAGCUAUGUAAACGAUACACAAAUGCAUCUCUUUGGCGGUUUGAUCGUGAAUGCGGAUAAUAAGUGGCGUUAUGAGAAAAUGUGCGAAUUCCCGGACACAGCCAUUUUCAAUUUGGCCAAUGAUUUUCACACAUACAAACUGGUGUGGAGUGAGAAUGAAAUUUCGGUGGCUGUGGAUAAUCAAAAUUAUUGCACUUUCAAUCCCGUUAAAGAUGGCGCCAUAGCCGAUAUGUUCAAAGAUGGGCAAGAGCUACCGAAUAAGGGUUUGCUGCAGAAGGGUGGUAAAUUGGCGCCCUUCGAUCAGGAAUUCUACAUCACUAUGGGUUAUGGCAUUGGUGGCGUACACGAUUUUAGCGAUAAUUUAUAUGGCUGGCGACCGGAGAAACCUUGGGGCAAUACUAAUCCACGCGGCAUGGGUUCAUUAUUGAAAAAUGUGAUUUUUGAUCACUGGAUGUCCAGCGGAGAGAUGGUUAUUGAUUAUGUGAAAGUCUAUUCUAUAUAAAUUUGAAAAAAAAAAAAGUUUGCUGCGGUAGAUAACUUUGUUACAUUGAGAAAUGUGUUAUUGAUUUGUUGGUAUGAGUGUCGUGUUAUGAGUUUUUGAAUAAAAUUUCUAUAUGAAACAUAACCUAAUAAAAACAAAAAUUAACAAAUAA